AUGUCCGCGCCUGAGAAUAGGAACCAGGCCCAGGAGAAAAUAGUACAGUGGCUAUCACCUCGAAGUGAUCACUUCCCUACUCCAAGAGGAUUCCACUUCUUGUCAGCACCGAUACUACCUUCGUCGCCGUCGUCUGCCUCCAUUGAUGAAAGCAGCUCCCCCUCAUCAUCUUUCACCCCAUGGAACCGGACCAGCACCUGUACUGAUGUGACAGAGUUCGAUGAUAUCUACGACAUCUCAGAAGACGACGAAGACACCCCAAGGAUGCAGUCAAAGAAGCCAUCACUGAAGCGUCAGAGCAACGCUCGAACGACACCAAAACGAAACUCUGCCCCGUCGCCGGCGUCCCUCCGGGCGCUCCCCAAGCUGAUGAUCCCGGCGUCGCAAGAACACCAUGUCGAUAACUGGUCGGCAAGGCCUGACUUCAAAAAACUCAUGUCACCAGUGCCACCAACGCCGCCUGCCAAGGUCGAGAUGUCCCCGGCCGUCAGAUCCUUCCUGCACGCACAACAGUCUCUAGACGUUCCAACCAUAUCUGCACCACCAUCCCUUGAUGGCAGCUUGAGCUCUGAGCAGAUGGCUGCCAUGUCUGCCCCGCCUACUCCGGUAAUUGGUGCUGAUGAUGACCUAUCCAACACGGACUGGUCUGGGGUGCGGUUGCAGCCGGGCGCACUGGCAACGCUGCGUGCCUUGUCUGGGGCUUCAGAUGUCUCCGAGAAUGAAUAUCAAAACGAACAAGUCAUCGAGAUUCCGGAGGAGUCGGCCCAAGAGAUGCGACAAGAGAUGUCACAACAAACACCUCGUGCCUUCACCUCCAUCACGCGGCCAGCCCUAAGACUUUCCACAGGGCAACAGCAGUCUUUGAGCGGACUGACAAGGCUCGAGAUCCCGUCCCCAGGAGGCUUCUUCUCCGGACUCUCGCCCCGCACCAGGCAUACAUGGCACCUGCCUAGCAUGAUGCCAGACGAUGUGGCCCCUCCCACUUCUACCACUGCCGAACAGUUCUACAGAUGCCCGUGGAAUGACCGCUUUGCUAUUGUGCAGGUACCCGCAAUGCCAGUCGAGCAGGUGGUGGAAGUGCGCCCCACUAUGUCAGAUGGCAUGCCAACCGCGAGACCCGUCAUACUUGAACAGGUCGUCGAAGCUAAUGAUGAUGUAUCGGACGGUCUCCCCACUGCACGCCGUGUUCCCGAAGUUGGUGACACCUCGACGUCGUCUGUCACUAUUGUCGAGCCAGCAUCACCAAAUGAGGCGACAGUGGUUGCCACCGAGAUCGUCGCUGACUACGACCCUGAAUACACCAAGAAACAACAUGAGGAGGCACUGUCCAACCUGGAUCGGACUGAGCUUUGGCUCAUGGCCCAGAAGGCCUACCUCAAGGGCGUUAGCAUUGACGACGUCGAACCAGAGUCGGCAAAGGAGCCCGAGACGGUCAGUAUUCACCUUGAAGAUUCGCCACGAGUAAAGACUCCGGAGCCCGAGGUCCCUUCUGAGACUGCAGUUGUGCAGAAGAAAAAGACCGUCCGCUUCUCGGAGAUUGUCGUCAAGACCAACAUACCUCGAUCACUUCCAUCCAAGAUCUGCCGCCAGGAGUCGGCAUACUACCGUGCUUUCCAAGACUACGUAAUCCGCAGCCGUAGUCAGGACCCCUUUGUCCACCGCCUUCCUCGCUUUGAGGCCAUGCAGGCACAGCGCGUCUCUCUUCGCGAAAGCCACCGCAACCAGCUUCUCGGCAAGUUCCAACUCUCGGUGGUACCCCAGUCUGCCAAGAAACGCAUGAGCGCCAAUGUGGCCCGCGGCGACGACGUUCUGGUCGAUGACCCUGAGAAACUGAAGCGGGAGAAGGAAGCUGAGGCUUUGACUCAGAUGGCUGCCUCUACCUGGCAUGUGAAUGCCGUGAAGACAAUCAAUGGCGGUCGUCUAUUCUCGGCUCCCUUAGCCAAGCAAUUGGCUCGUCUUUCUCGGAUGCACGGUGCCAACAGUCGUACGAGAAUCCUUGAUCUGGGUGGCCAGGCUGCCUGUGAUUGGGCUUGGCAUUGCGCCAUCAUGUACCCCAACACCAAGGUGUACACGGCGACCACGAAGGCAAUCCGUCAACUCGCCAACUCUAACAUCCGCGGUCCACCCAAUCACCGCCAGGUUGCCGUGGAGCGCCUGACCCGUCUUCCCUUCCCUGAGAGCUACUUCGACCUCGUGUCGGCGCGGGAGCUCUACUCAAUCCUCAAGUUCGUGGGCGAGAAUGGCGAGGACGAGUGGGAGACAUGCCUCAAGGAGUGCAUGAGGGUGCUCAAGCCGGGCGGCUACCUGGAGUUCUCGGUACUCGACUCGGACAUCAUGAAUGCGGGCCCUAUGGGACUCGCCAAAUCGGUCGAGUUUGGCUUCUCGCUGAAGACCAUGGGGUAUGACCCCAACCCGACUAAGCUGUUCCUGGGCCGCCUGCACCGUGCCGGUUUCGAGGACGUCCGUCGCGCCUGGAUGUGCCUCCCUAUGGGGGAGAAGCGCCCCGCCAAUCGCAACGUCGUCCGCGACAGCCAAGGGUGCGAGGUCAAGCUCGAGCUCGAGGCCAUGGUCACAGGCAGCACUGAAGCGACGGCAUCGGUGUGCGGAAUUGCUGGGGGUUGGGCAUGGGAGAGGUGGCUGUUGAGGUGUGAGAUGGAGAAGGUGGCGUGUGAGGGGAGGCUGGUGGAGACAGCCGAGAUAAGAGAGGCGGGUGCAUGUCUCGAUGGGGUGCAUGGAGUUAUUGAGGAGGGUAGGCAAUGUGGGGCUGGAUGGAGGGUGUUGAAUGGGUUUGCAAGGAAGCCGACUGUCCAGAAGGAGUUGGUUAGUAUUGCGCUUGUGCGGUAG